ACUCACCCUUUCCCAUAAUUACACGAUCACCCGCCCCAUUUAUUUAUCAGACCUCCAUUAUAACUAUGGCGGGUCAUGGCUCUUAAAAGGCUUCCAUUCCUCCAUUCCUACCUCUCUCAGUUAUUUCAUUGAAGCGCACUCAACGUUCUCCAUUGAAGCGCAGUUGACGUUCUCCAUUGAAUUGCUCUCUCUCAGAUAUCCACUGAAGCGCAUUCAACGCUCUCCAUUGAAGCGCAGUUGACGUUCUCUGUUGAAUCUAGUAUCCCCCAUUGAAGCAGCUUCUAAGACAAGCCAAAUAAGGCAUUGUUAUCAUCUGUGGUUUUAUUUCGUUAAUUAUGGCUUCUUCAGAUGAUGCUGAUGACAAGGCUAAGUCGCCAUCCUCGCCAAAAGAUGUCUAUAAGGAUCCAGAUGAUGGGCGCCAACGCUUUUUGCUUGAAUUGGAGUUUGUUCAGUGUCUUGCAAAUCCAACUUACAUCCAUUAUUUGGCUCAGAAUCGCUACUUUGAAGAUGAAGCUUUCAUUGGUUAUCUGAAAUACCUUCAGUAUUGGCAGCGGCCUGAGUAUUUAAAAUUUAUAAUGUAUCCGCACUGCUUGUACUUCCUCGAACUUUUACAAAAUGCUAACUUUCGCAAUGCUAUGGCUCAUCCUGGGAGCAAGGAAGUGGCACACAGACAACAGUUUUAUUUCUGGAAAAAUUACAGAAACAAUAGGCUGAAGCACAUUUUGCCAAGAUCCCUUCCUGAACCUGCUCCUGCACUUCCAGCUUCAACUGCUGUGCCAUCAUCCAUUCCUCCUGCUAUUCCUCCCACAUCUGCUCCCUCUCCAGCUCUAUCUCCAAUGCAAUAUGCAAUCCCUCCUGGAUCUGGUGCUGCAAAGAAUGAUACAAGAAACAGUGGUAUUGAUAGAAGAAAGAGAAAGAAAGAAGGAUAAGCAUCUUGAUUACUGGAUUUGUUAUUGGUGGAUUGAAUCUCAACCAUUCUAGGAAGCAGGAGUUUGUUUAGACUUCUUGUCACCAAUGGUAAACCACCACUUUAUAUCUUUUGUUGUAGCAUAUCAAAUCUUUCCUUUUAUCAAUCAAACGUUUCAAACAAACAAUAUCUUAAAGUAAUAGUACUUAGAAAGUGGACUUAAAGUCCUCUCUAACGAAGCUUUCCAUGAAAAAAAAAAAGAAAAAUUUUGAUUUUCUUUUGAACUAGUAAUGGUAGAACCUUAUUGACAAAUGUUGCUUAUAUGCA